AUGACUGAGAGACGACCAAUUAUCCUUGUUACUGGGGCCAAUAGCGGAGUGGGAUUUGGUGUCUGCCACCGCCUACUCGUCCAGCUUUCUCAAAAAUCCCCUCCAGAUGCAUCUCCAGAGGCACAAAAGCACCCAAUUGCAUCUCCUGACGAUGAAAUAUCUCCCUUUGUACCCGCCGACGGACUGACUCUGAUUCUGGCUUGCCGGAGCGCACAGCGAGCUGAAACAGCACGCACGAAUCUAUACAAACUUAUCGACAAGGAAAUAGCAAAGAGCAAUACGGCACAUGCACAAUUAUUCAGGAAAAACUUGGACAUUGAGAUUGUCAAGCUCGAUUUGUCAAGCGUGGAGAGUGUAUUCGAGUGCGCUGCGGACAUUCCCGUAUAUCACCAUCUGAUUCUCAAUGCUGGUGUCGGCGACUUUGUGGGUAUAAACUGGCCGCUCGCGAUCUGGGAAGUCUGUACACGGUUCAAAACGGCCGUCACAGCACCAGGAUUCAAGAUCCAAGCUACGGGCAAAAUGAGCUCGAGCGCUACGCGAAAUGCUCGCUCACAACCCCUUUCGUCUUCCCGCGUACUAUGGACAACGUCUCUCGAAGGCCGCCCCUCAUUCUUCCCCGGAAUCGAUGACUACCAGCUCGUCUCCGCCUCUCAUUCGUACGAGGCUUCCAAGUACGAGUCGGAGCUUGUUGCCUGCGCACUAGAUGAGCUCGAAUCGGAGCGUAACAACGGAGUGAGACAUUUGGCUGUUCACCCUGGCGUUGCGGGGACGAACAUAUUUUGGAACAUACCGGGUGGUUUUUGGAUAAAGUCAUGUUUCUUGCAUUUUACCUUCGGAGUCGGACAGGCGAGGUUGUUUGGUUCUAAACACCACCCUAUCCAGACGUAUAAAGCUGCUAUCUCAGUCGUUCACGUCGCUCUUGUCUCAUUGGCCGUUCUUCCUUCGCUCACUACCUUUGGAGCGACAAACGAAAAGUCUGGUCAGCCUCCCGAAGGCGUCUCGGGUGGCAAUGAAAAGAGAAGUCGUGCAGAAGAUUACUCACCUGUUCGUUAUGGGGCAGAAACCAACAUAUUUGGUACUGGGUAUGUUGGAGUCCAGCCAGUAGAGGGAUAUGAGGAACACAGAGAAGUUGGGAGAGAAUUGGUUGCAAGGUGUAACAGGCUGUAUAAUGCGUUUGAGAAGAAGUUUAAAAUGUGA